UAAAUCUUUGAUUUAUUAUUAUUUGAGGUAUUGUCCUUUUGGAACUAGUCGUUUAUACAUUCCUUUCUCAUAGAAAAGGUUUAAACCUUGUUAAUUAUUAUACGCACAUUCUUAUCUUUAAUUAGCAAUUUCUAGGAAUUUCAUUGUUCCGUUUGAAUUUGUUUAUUAUAACUCCUGUUCGUCUAAAAUAGAAGGAAAUUUGAAAUCAAGAGAUUGUAUCAUAACAACAAAUCUUGCAUCAAUUACUAUCUAUUACAUACAAGUUUAUUAAAUAUGACAGAUAUCGAAAAAACCGCCGGUGGUAGCGGCCAAUACAUAGGACCAAUGAAUCCUGCUAAAUCUCCAACUAGUGAAAAGAAUGUCCAAUAUCUUUCAGACACUGAAUCUAAUAACGCUCUUCUUGGGAACAUCCAAGAUUUUGAGGUCAAACGUACCCUUAAAACUAGACACAUUUCCAUGAUUGCCCUUGGUGGUACCAUCGGUACCGGUUUGUUUAUCGGUAUGGGUUCUACUUUGGCAGAUGCUGGUCCAGUUCCUGCUUUGAUUUCUUAUCUUUUCAUGACAACUCUUGCCUUUUCUGUUACCCAAUCUUUGGGUGAAAUGGCCACUUAUAUCCCAGUUGCUGGUUCUUUUAACCAAUAUAUCGCCAGAUGGUGUUCUCCAGCUCUUGGUGCCGCCAAUGGUUUCUGUUACUGGUUUUCUUGGGCUAUUACAUUUGCCUUGGAAUUGUCAGUUAUUGGUCAAGUUGUUGAAUAUUGGACUGAUGCUGUCCCAAUUGCCGCAUGGAUUUCUAUUUUCCUUGUCAUUUUAACCGCUUCAAACUUGGUUCCUGUCAAGUUUUAUGGUGAAAUUGAAUUUUGGAUUGCCUCCAUUAAAAUCAUUGCCAUUUUCGGUUGGUUGAUUUAUGCCUUGUGUAUGGUUUGUGGUGCCGGUAAGACUGGUCCAAUUGGUUUCAGAUAUUGGAGAAACCCAGGUCCAUGGGGUCCAGGUGUUCUCGUCAAGAACAAGAACACUGCCAGAUUUUUGGCUUGGUUGAGUUCUUUGAUUUCUGCUGCUUUCACUUUCCAAGGUUGUGAAUUGGUUGCAUUGACCGCUGGUGAAGCUAAAUCCGCUACUGCCCUUCCAAAGGCUAUUAAGAAGGUUUUCUACAGAAUUGUGAUCUUUUACAUCAUGUCUCUUUUCUUCAUGGGUAUGUUGAUUCCUUAUGACAAUGCAGACUUGCAAGGUAGUGACACUGCUAACUCUCCUUUCAUCAUUGCCAUUAAACUUUGUGGUACUCCAGUCUUACCUGACAUUUUUAAUGCUGUCAUUUUAAUGACCAUUAUCUCUGCUGGUAACUCCAACGUUUAUUCUGCUUCUCGUAUUUUAUACGCUUUGGCUGAAGCUAAGGUUGGUCCAAAAUGGUUUGGUUACACCAACAAGCACGGUGUUCCAUACGUUGGUGUUCUUUUCACUGCUGCAUUCGGUGCCUUGGCUUACUUGGUUUGUUCCAAUGGUUCCGCUGUUGUCUUUGACUGGUUACUUAACAUCACCGCUGUUGCUGGUUUGAUUACUUGGGGAUGGAUUUCUGUUUGUCACAUUAGAUUCAUGAACAUUUUGAAGAGUAGAGGUAUUUCUAGAGAUACUUUACCAUUCAAGGCUAAGUUCAUGCCUUGGGGUGCUUACUACGCAGCUGUUGCCAUCUUCAUUCUUGUUUUCAUUCAAGGUUACUCUGCUUUCUUCUCCAUCACCGCAGCUGGUUUCUUCACUGCUUACAUUUCUGUUAUUUUCUUUGUUGUUUUCUUUGUUGGUUUCCACUUUUAUUAUAAUGGAUUUGGAGCUGCUGCUUGGACCAAACAAGCCUUCUGGAUUCCAAUUGAUGAAUGUGACAUCGACUCUGGUGUUAAGACUGUCCAUGACUUGGACUGGGAACCUGAAGAAGUUCCAACUACCUUGUGGGGUAAAUUCUGGGCCUUUGCCUGUUAAGAUAAUUUUUAGUUCUCUUUAAUUUCAUAUAAAUGCAUUUUUACUAAUUUUGUUUAAAAAGGAAACCAUUGUAAUUAGCUUUAAUUACGUAGUUAAUCUACAUACAAUGAAUUGUAUUCUUUUAUAUUUAUUACUAUAGUACAUUUUAUACAUUCUUGGAAAUGUC